AUGGAGCCGAGUCCAAGAACCCUGUAUCAAGAGUCCGGCGAGCGGAGAAGUUCUCCCGAGGCCAAGUACAGAGUGGUGCGCACGCGAUCCCCUUCGCACAUCAUCCAGACAACGCACAGUCGGCUGCCGUACGUGGUCGUGUGCACGGUCGGGGUGAUCAUGGUGCUGGUGGGUGUGGCUGUGUCGACGUAUAAGCUGCAGAAUGGCAGCACCAUCCUGGAGCUCUUCAACCGCUCCAUAUCGCUACUCACGUACAACUCUACAUCCAGCCAAGACAGCAGCGAAGCCGGUGCUCAGCCGGCCAGGCAUUUGCUCAAGCACGAGGUCAAGCUCGGCGACUCCGAGCCUACAUGCAAGACAGACGCAUGCAUCUGGAUAGAGCGCUACCUGCGUGGAAAGCUCAACACCAGUGUGAGCCCCUGUGUGGACUUCUACGCAUAUGUCUGUUCCUCCAAGUGGUUCGCCAAAGGUUUAGACAUCAGGGACAGACCAUACGCGGAGCGCAGCACAGGCAUGUUGAUGCUGGACGUCGAAAAAUUUUUUCGCAGCUAUCUAAAGCAGAACGAAGAACGCUACCAUAAGUAUCCAGGAGUGUUUUUGCACCAAGCUAUUUCUCUUCUGCCAAAGUGCCAGUCCGAAGAGAAGGAGGACAAAAGCUUCACUUCACUAAGAAGCCUUCUUGAAGAGUACAACUUGGGAAAUUGGCCUUACAGAAAGGCACCGCGGGGCGUCAAUAUCGUGACUAUUUCCGCAUUCGUCGACAGGGACCUGGGUGUGUUCUCUUUGGCGCGAGUGUACCUUAAGAAACCAUUCGAGGAUGAUCGAGGCUAUACUGUUCAUUUGGACAAACCUAGCUCCACACUUGAAAGACAUCAGCUGGCCUUCCUGUCCGAAUCUGUGGAAAACUACACAGACAAAGUGGCGCUGGCACUUUCACUCUUCGAGAAGAGGCAAGAUAUGAGUGAGCAAGCUGAUGCAAUUGUAGCACUAGAGAAGAAACUUGCUACUGCAAUGCCAAUCUCCAAAUUUACAGAAUUUCAGGACAGAAUUAAGCGUAUUGGGCAACUAGACCGCAGGGGAAAGUGGGAUUGGAAAGAGUACUUGAAUAUAAUUUUUCAAGACAUUGAGGUAUUUGACAAUGAGAAGCCUGUGUGCAUCAUGCACCAGGACUACCUCCUCAAAAUGGCGUCAGUUGUUAACGAAACUGAGACUGUAACUUUGCUGAAUUACAUCGGCUACCGCUUAGUGGUGCACGUUUCUCCUCUGUUGGCCAAACCUGCUGAUCGCCUGCUCCGACUGAGCCAUGACAACUACCAAGAAUUCGUGCCCGACCGACUCCAAGCUUGCAUGCACCUUUUGGAAAGAGUUUACAAACAAGGUAUGCGCUUCUUUGCUAGAAUGACCUUCAGCAAAGAUAACUCCACUCUGUUGCUCAAGCACUACGACUACAGCAUGUCCAACGUUGAAAUUCAACUCAAGAGCACUAUGGCAGACAGACUUCUCUCUACGUCUUCCUGGCUAGAUCGCUCAGCAAUAGGAAUAGGCGUCGACAAGCUAGAGAACAUGCGACUGGCGUUUCUGGGAAGCACGGACGACAUAAACACCGUCGCGAACUACUACAACUUCAACGCCCAACCACUGGACCCAACUCAUCUCUUGGAAAGUUUCAGAGAAGUUCAGGCAGGCACCAUGAACAUCUAUUGGGAGACUAAGCCUCCGAAGGACGACUUAGACGCGAGAUACGACCACUCGGCAUUGACCCCUGGCUACGAGUACUUCUUUGGGCGAAACGUGUUGUUCAUUCCACAUGGAAAUAUCGCGUUUGCUAAUGACAUUAGCAAAAACAUGGAGCCUGUGUUGUAUCCCCUUCUGCUUCCCAACGUUCUUCGGGGGAUGUUUUCAGCGGUAGACCGUCGAGGCGCCACUGUGGACCACAACUUGGCCGUAGCGACUUGGUGGAACACAGAUGAACUGAGCAAGUUCUCCCAGAUGGAGCUCUGUUUCCAGGACCAAUACUACAUUGAGAUACGGGAACUUGUUGGCGACAGUUUCGACGCGCGGAUAAAGCUGGAUGAAAAUAUCGCAGACAACGCAAUACUUGCACCGUUGCACGACCUUUACCUGAAGACUCUGACCUCGCAGGGUAUCACGCUUGACAAACAGAAGCUUGUCUUAGACAUUGGUGACGUAGACAUGCACAAACUGUUUUUCAUUUCAUAUGCACUUGGCCUAUGCGACAAUCCAAGUAAGAAGUCAUCCGUACGCAAAGUGAAAUACGAAAGGAUUCCUGGCAGGCUUCGCAUCAACAUACCACUGAUGAACUUCGCAAAGUUCGCAACAGCGUUUAACUGUCCCGUGAAUUCACCCAUGAACCCUGCCAGAAAGUGUACAGUGUGGUAG